AUGUUGAUUCAGGACUUGUGGAGGACCGGGUGUGAAUGGGAUGAGCAAAUCGACGACGAAUCGAUGGAGAAAUGGAUGCGGUGGGUUGAGUUUCUGCCGACGAUUGCGGAGAUCAGAAUUCCGCGAAGCUAUUUCGGGAAAGCACACUCUCAACAAGUGAAAGACCUGCAGCUUCAUAUAUUCACCGAUGCUGGAGAGAAGGCGUAUGGGUGCGUAGGAUAUUUUCGUGCCAUCGUCAACGAAGACAUCGUUUGUGUGCUGGUGAUGAGUCGUACCAAGGUUGCCCCGCUGAAGCAACUGAGUAUUCCACGGCUAGAACUGCAGGCCGCAGUGCUGGGCGCCAGGUUAGUGCGCACCGUUCAAGAGAGCCACAGUUACAAGAUCCAGCAAACGUUCCUCUGGACCGAUUCGCGGACGGUCUUGUCUUGGAUUAGAUCGGAUCAGCGGAGGUAUAAGCCAUUCGUCGGUUUUCGCAUUGAAGAAAUCCUCAGCCGUACGAAUCUGUCCGAUUGGCGUUGGACACCGACGAAACUAAACGAGGCAGACAGACUUACGAAGUGGAGGCGUGAUGCAGAGUUGGAAUCGAACAGUAGCUGGUUCAAAGGGCCCAGUUUUUUGUACCAAGAUGAGGCGAACUGGCCGCAGCAAACUGCGCCGGUCAACACGAACGUAGAGCUCCGGGCGCAGUUCCUGUUUCAUGACGUGGUUGUGCAGGACACUCUGGUCGACGUUCAUCGGUUCUCCAAAUGGAAUGUGUUAGUGAGAACGGUGGCUUGCGUAUGCAGAUUUGGGUCCAACUGUCGAAGGCGGAUGAAGGGCGAUCCGAUCGAAACCUUGAAGGCGACGAAGAACCAGGCGAAGUCGUUGAUGUCGGUGAGGUGGUCAGCGGUACGUACACCGUUGAAGCAGGAGGAAUUCGAGCAGGCGGAGCGGUAUCUAUUACGAGCGGUUCAGGCCGAAGCGUUCGGGGAUGAGUUAAAAACCUUGUUGAAGAAUCGAAACAGACCUACGAGUGAGUGGAUAGUCUUGGAGAAGUCGAGCCCACUGUACAAGUUGACGCCACUAGUCGACGAAAACGACGUGAUUCGGAUGGAAGGACGUACGGAGAAAGCCGAAUUCUUACCAUUCGAUCUGCGCUUUCCGGUGAUUCUACCGAAAGACCACCAUGUGACGGAGUUGAUCGUGCAGCACUACCACGAACGCUUCGGGCACGGUUAUCGAGAAACGCUUAAAAACGAGAUUCGGCAGCGGUUCUACAUUCCAAAGGUCGGUACGGUGGUGUACAAAGUAUCGAAGGCGUGUCAGUGGUGUAAAGUUCAUCAUAGUCGUCCACGGGUGCCGAGGAUGGCAGCUUCACCGGUGCAGCGUUUACAACCCUAUCGACGACCGUUCAGUUUCACCGGAAUAGACUACCUCGGCCCAGUUAACGUUACGGUAGCGCGUGAUAGCGAAAAGCGCUGGAUAGCCGUGUUCACUUGUUUCGUGACACGCGCUGUUCACCUGGAAGUGAGUGCUAGCCUGACCACACAGUCGUGUUUGAUGGCUAUUCGUCGCUUCAUGCAACGUAGAGGGCCACCGCAAGAGUUCUUCUCCGACAACGGGACUAACCUGAAAGGUGCAAGCAAGGAGCUGACAGGGAUGAUCAACGAUAUCAACAGCGACUGCGCGGACGAGUUAACCGACGCGCGGAUGCAGUGGUCAUUCAACCCACCAGCUGCCCCCCACAUGGGUGGGGUAUGGGAGCGAUUGGUCAGAUCAGUUAAGGAGGCGUUGGAAGCAUUGAACGACGGGAAGCGGUUGACAGAUGAAAUUCUACACACGUCAGUAACAGCAGCAGAAGAUAUGAUUAACUCGAGGCCGCUGGUGUACGUUUCGCAGGAGACAGUGGAGGCAGAAGCACUCAGUCCGAACCACUUUCUGCGAGGUGUUUCACCGAACGAGCCACAGAUGGUUCCCCCUCCACCGCACCCUGCUGAAGUGUUGCGGGAUGCAUAUAAGCGUUCGCAGGAGUUGGCGCAGGAGAUGUGGGGCCGAUGGAUCAAGGAGUACGUGCCGUCGUUGAACCAGCGGUCGAAAUGGCACGGUGAAGCGAGAAUGCUGAAGAAAGGCGACCUAGUCUACGUAGUCGAGGGGUCCAAGCGAAGAUCCUGGGUACGUGGAAGAAUCGAGGAGGUCAUCUCGGCGAGUGACGGCCGCGUUCGGCAGGCCUUGGUCCGGACGAGCAGUGGUUUGUUUCGGCGAGCUGUGGCGCAGUUGGCUGUGAUCGAGGUUGGCGAAGAAGAUGGUGGUAAAGCCAGACCGGAAGUGGCCUCCGGACUAGGUUUACGGGCCGGGGAAAUGUUGGGAGCACUGCACUGA